UUUCCCUAAAGCAUUUAUGCAUUUGAUUUCCAAAACUACAAACAAUACAGCAGCCAGGCACACUGCAAGCCAGUGUAAUCUACAUACAACAAUUACCUUUCUCUAUUGUUUGUGUCUUUGUGCUUGAAAUGUGUACAGUACCAGUUCAGGAGAGCAGCUGUCUGGCUGAAUGUCUAGGCUACAGUGCCAGUUUAAGAGUUUUGACACUUCACUUUAAUUUCGUUCACGUUUACCGUAUAUGUUUUAAUUGGUUACAAUGUCUAAAAGAGAGAAAGAGACGGUUUGCUGUCAUGUAUUCGGUGUCUGGCGUACAUUUGGGGGAGGGGGCUCACUGGAAAACAAGGAUGUGAAUUCAUAACGCUGCGAACCAGGAAGACGCACGCGAAACUUAAAUUUCGUUGCGUGACUAACGUUAGUAUCUGCACUUUACCUUUGGACCUAAGUAAUGUAUUAAACUGUGCUAAAAUAGAAAAUAUUACACGCGAACGACACCCCCUGCCUUUAAGCAAAGGUCAAAGUUCACAGGAAGCUGGGGGGCUGCCAUUUUUCCCCCUGCUAACAUGUUAGAUGCUAAAAAGGCGAGGAGUGGUGGUCGCUGCUGAGUGCUUCUGUUUAUUGGGUGUUUGCCGUUCGUUUGCGUUUGUCUACCUCUUCUGUCGUAUGCGCUAGGCUCGGUUGUUGAAUGAAGGCGGCAUGGAGAGGACAGAACAGCCGUGGAAUUCCUCUUACACGUACCAGGUGAGCAAACACAGCGCCGAGAUGCUACACAACCUCAACAGCCAGAGAAAAGAUGGAGGCAGGUUUUGUGAUGUUAUCUUGCGCGUCGGAGAGGAGAGCUUCCCCGCGCACAAGGCGGUGCUGGCGGCGUGCAGCGAGUAUUUUGAGUCGGUGUUCAGCUGUCAGGCGGAAGACGACGGCCAGGGCAAGGAGCUGGAGAUGCACACGAUCAGCCCCAAAGUUUUCCGAGACAUCCUGGACUUCGCGUACACGUCUAAGAUCGUGGUGCGUCUGGAGUGCUUCCCCGAGCUUAUGACCGCGGCGAAGUUUCUGCUCAUGCGAUCUGUCAUCGAGAUCUGUCAGGAGGUCAUCAAACAAUCCAACGUGCAGAUCCUCGUGCCUCCUUCCCGAGGAGGCGAGCACAGCCUGUUCAGGGCCGCGGAGCAGCUGUCAUACCCCCUUCCCGUGGACAUGUCAAACGGGAGCGUGUCCAGCGGCGCAGUGUUUACCGACAACAACGACAGCGACAGUGCCGAUCCGACGCAGACAAGUAACAGCUCUCAGCCGGCCGCAUCCGGAGCACAAGCGGCCGAUCGCUUAGCGGUUUCCUCGCUGGAGUUUCCCAGCAGCCACCUCGAAAGCGACGGCUCUAAGCGAGGCAGAGGGAGACCCAAAAAAGAGCCCACGACAGAGCCGAUCACUUACAACAACAGCACUGCUCAAAACGAAAACAAGGGGAUUUUCUUGUGCGGGGUUUGUGGUAAGAUGUUUCCCGACGACGUCCAGUUGAGAAACCACGAGACGCAGCACGGGACGUUCACCGGCGGCGUGAGCACCGGAGCGGAGCUGGUCGCUGUGGACGGCCCGACGAUGAUCUCUCAUCCCCAGGCGCGGUUUCAGGAAAACGGACUGCCCGCGGACAACCGUAAACGCGAGAGGACGAGACGACACGUCGCGUGUGAUCUGUGCGGGAAGGUCUUCCGAGACGUCUACCACCUCAACCGGCACAAACUGUCACAUUCGGGCGAGAAACCGUACGCGUGUCCGGUGUGCGGGCUGCGCUUCAAACGCAAAGACAGGAUGUCUUACCAUGUGCGGUCUCACGACGGCUCGGUGGGUAAACCGUAUGUCUGUCAAAGCUGCGGGAAAGGUUUCUCCAGGCCAGACCAUCUGAAUGGACAUAUUAAACAGGUUCACACCACAGAGAGACCUCACAAGUGUCAGAUUUGCAACGCAUCUUUCGCAACACGAGAUCGCCUGAGGUCGCACCUGGCAUGCCAUGAAGAUAAGAUACCGUGUCAAGUGUGUGGGAAAUUCCUCCGGGCUGCCUACAUGACCGACCACUUGAAAAAACACAGUGAAGGACCUCAUAACUUCUGUGGAAUAUGCAACAAAGGUUUUUCUACUGCAUCCUACUUAAAGGUGCACGUAAAAACGCACCACAGCUCGUCCAUGCUCCCUUCCUCUGCAGCACAUCAGUUCCCUGAACCUCGCACCAACAGACCACAGACGCACAACGGCGCCCCCUACCACUCAGGACGCCAGUGCGCAGUGGAAGACGGGCAGGAGAAUGCUGGGAAAUGCCCCCAUCAGGACUCUGAUGGAUCGGACGCAGUUUUCGGUGACCUUUCCAACGGAACGGACCUCAAGACUGAACAGAAAGUAGAGGGAGAAGAAAUGGAGGUGACAUCUUUCAUCUUUAAUGGCCAACCUGAGGAUGCAGUGACCUCCCCGGGGGGAUCCAAAAACAUCCAAAAAACAGACCAAGAAAAGAAGUUUGCCUGCGGCGACUGCAGCCAGACCUUCCGUACAAAGUCUUACCUCAACAAGCACUAUCACCGGGUUCAUAAGAAGCGUGCUGCUGCAGUGUCUGGUCUCGGUGAUCUCGGCUCACCCUUCUCCCCACAACAGAAUAUGUCACUUCUUGAAUCCUUUGGCUUUCAGAUCGUCCAGUCCGCCUUUGCCUCCUCACUAGUGGACUCUGAGAUGGGCAGCAGUGGAAUGGGUUUUGGGGAGAAAUGACCCCUUUGAGAUGCAGACAUUUCUUCUAAUCUUAUUGGACAACCAAACUUUUCAUAACUGCGAGUUUAGUCUGUUGUCUCAUACUCCUUGACACCAUAUGCAGACUACUUUUUGUUUUGUUUUUGGCUUUUCUUACUAUUCUAAUGUUUGUUAAUGUUUUACUUUGCCAUCAUGGAUGCCAUUUCGAUUCCAUCUUGGUGUGAAGCAGUUAAUGUUUAUUCCUCCUUCAACAAAUCCUCAAUUUCAUUGAUCUAUCCUAAAAAAAAAAAAAAUUCAUUGCUUUUGACAUGUAUGUGUAUCACGUGUGUCUCUCAGCUUCCAGAUUGUGGAUUGAGGAUGAUGUUUGCUUUAAAAGACAGACUAAUGCCCCAAACUUUAAGAAUGUACCUCUAGGUUAUUUUUGCCCAGACUUACCUCACCGAGAAGCAUAACAUUAGCAAGCAUUACAAUUUUAACAGGCUAAACAAAAGUUUUCACAAUCAGAAAACACUGAGACUGUGUAAUUUGCGCAGCUGUUGUAGUCCGAUGACCAUUAACCUACACCACCUAGAUAUAAAACAUCAAUGUUUUUGUCUUUUUCUGUAUGAGUUACUUUAACAAAUACUUAAAUGAUUUUAAAUCUUCAGGCUAAAUAAUGGCUGUUAAAUUUGUGGUGUUUCUUUGUUUUAUCAUUGGUAGUUGUGAGACCGAUUGUUUUGGGUCACAAAAAGUGUGUCAGUUUUUAAUGUCCAACAGGGACCAAUUUCAGGUUUCACUGUAAGAUAUAGCAAGAAGCAAAGAAUAUAUUUUAUUAACUUAUUGAUACCGGUGUCCAAGUCUCCUUUACGCAAAGGUAUAUAUUGAGUUUUGUUGCGAUGUGCUAUUUUCUUGAAUCAUGCAGCCGACAGGAGGACGGCAUGAGAUUGAUGACAUGUAUGUAUGUAUGUAUGAGUACACGUUUGUAUGCUGCAGUCUCUCCAAUGUCCUUUAUCUCUAGAAUGUAAUAUAAACAGAGGGCUUUUUAAUCUUUUUUUUAAUAUAUCAGAGUUUUUCUAAGUGGUUCAGUACAUUCCUGCUUAAUUUAAAGUCUUGUCACUAUACAUGACAUGUAACAUUCAUAUAUAUAUAAAACCAAUAUGUAUAUAUGUAUGGCCAAUUAUAUUAGUUUAUGUAAACGGGGUCCUUGUAUAUUUUCCUUGGCCUUGUUGAAUGAAUGAAUCUUUAUUUUCCUUUUUUUUUUCUUUUUUUUUUUUUUACAGAAUUGUUUUAAGUUGUUAUUGACAAAUCAAUCAUUUUGUUGUGUCUUUAUUAUUAUGCAAGUAUUUGAGUGUGUGUUUGGUGUUACCCUGUUCCUCUUACUCUAAAUGCAGUGUUAAUGCUGGUUACCUUUCCUUUUAUUUUACCCUGCAGGUUAUUAGUAUAGUGUACCAUAAAUGUAUUUGGAGUAUUUGGAAAGGCAGUUUGUACAAUGUUGCCGAGGUUUCUCAUGAUUGAAUCUACAAAUGACAUAAUGUACACACACAAAAAAAUCUUUAUUUUAUUACCUUAUGUACUUGUUUGAAUUACUGUUUUUAUGUGCAGCCGGAAGCGGACUUAUCUGAGCAGUGGAAAACCUGCAGGUUUUUAGCUUCAGCUUACUUAUUUGACUAAUCAUUGCUAAUAUCAGAUCUUAACAUCUGUUAAUUGAAUGCAAUUUUACAAUUCUAAUAGUAACCAUCAUUGUCUGCCCAGUAAGUGUGAUCUGAGUAUUUGCAGCCCUUAUUUAUUUACAAAUUUUAAGUUGUAGGGAAUUCUUCAGUUAUUUUUAUUGUUGUUAUUUGUGUCUUGUAUGGUGUUCUUGCGUAUUACAUCACUGGAAAUGUUUGUUGGUUUCUUGCUUAUCUAUUUGUAUAUUUGUAUGUUGCAAAGUGCCUUCCCAGUACUGAUUGUGAACAGCGAUGGGUAGGAAAAAUCUGUCAUUUAAAGGACCUAUCUUAUAAAAACCAUAUACAAACAGAGUUGCAUUGACACUUUUGUAUAAAGACAUGCACAUAGAAAGGUGUACAUUUGUACGUUUGGUAUUCUACCUUUUUUUGUUUUCUGACAAAAUGUUGUUUCUCUGCAAUUUAUGUCACAACGUUGAUCAAUUUUUGGACAUUUGGAUAUAAGCAUACUUUUCUAUUGAUGUUUGUUUUUGUACACUGUUUUUGUGUCUCUGUCUAUUUGUUACAGAGAUGGGUAUAAAAUAAAAUUGUAUUUGAAAAUUUUA